AUGGCGGAUUCAAUACAAUCUCACCCACAUACAUGUUCGCGAUCUCGCGUCCUUUCCACUGGGUCAGUUGCAGAUGAUGAUGAUUCUUCACACUCACAAUCUGCCAGUGGACAUCCUCCUGGAGCAUUUGAAAGCUCCAUUGAUGAACACCCCGAAACACCCUCUCGAUUCGAAGCUGGUUUGAAUACAGCUCCUGACACGGUCAGGCCGGCCCCCCGAUCUACUCAACAGCUUGAUGCUGGUUCUCAUGAAGUCAACUGUUCAGGCGAGGCAAUAUCAGACCAACAGAUGGAACAUCUCAAGAUGACAUUCAAGAUGGAGAAGGAGAGGCGUAGAGAUGUCAACAAUCAUCCUGCCAUCACCUCAACAGCCUGUACAGCCACAUGGGAUCCUAAUCUCGGUGAAAGGUUGGAAUUCAAUCUUUAUGAACCGGAUAGCCGUGUUGGCAAGGCAAUCUCUCAAUUCAAGGAAGAUGUCAAGAAUACUACUCAGAACCCUCUACAAAGAGAUGAUGAAUGGGCACCAUUCUGGGACGCCAGAAACUGGUGGCUCUACACAUUCAUCUCAAACUCCUUGGGUGCAGGUGUCAGACCAUGUUUCUCCAAAUAUGAUGAAAAUCGGAUCACUUAUACCCUCUGGAAUGCGAUCAAACAGGAAUACUCUGUCCCAAAAACACAGUUACACUGUGAGGCAGUUCUGGAAUUCAUGUCACUUGGUGGCACACAGGUCACCAAUCUACACACAUUCUUUGAUAAGUUCUGGUCCGCCAUCACGAAGUUGGAGAUGAUGGAUGCUUCCCCACCAGAUGUGUGGAUAUUUGAUACCUUCUACUCAGUCCUACCCAAAAAUUGGAGGAAUUAUGUUCAGAAGAAGAUUGAGGAGAUACAGGAUUCCAAAUCCACAGCUGUGGUAUUGGAUGUUGAUCUUCUCAUGGAGGAGAUCCGCUCGCGGCUUGAUCCUCCAAAAGAUAAAAAGAAUCUACAGAAUACAGAUUCUGCGGCCAACACCGCUACAACAGCUACGACAGCUACAACAGCUACAACGACCACAACACCUACCAAUUCCAACAACAAUACAUCGAAUUCGGCCCGUGGAGGCCGUAAUGGACGUGGUCAUGGUAAUACUCAAGGGGGCUCCCGAAACCAUCGGGGAUCGGGCAAUCCAUCUACAUGUCCUGAAUGUGAGAGAUCUCACUUUGGCACCUGUUGGUUGGCCAAUCCUGACAGUGCUCCGGAUAAUUGGAGGAUCUACAACGCUGCAAGGAUAAAGGAAUUCAAAGAAAAGGAGGACAAUAAUGGGGGUAGAACUCAACUAUCCAUUACAGAUGGAUCAGAGACCUAUCAGAUGGCAAACCUCGCAGAGGUUAUCAAUGUGCCAGCCUGUUUCGUGGAACCCCACAAGGAUCCCUCCAACGGGCGUUUAUACAUAUCAAAGGACGUCAUCUUCCAGGAGGACCUCCAUCUUGCCGAUCCAUCGAUACCGACAAUGCACAACCCGAAGGUCCUACCCAAUGCGGCCUGUAAAGGGGCUGCGGCGAUUCCUUCGGCGACACCAGGCCUACCCACUGCGGCCCGUCAAGAGACUGCAGCGAUUCCUGAUCCAUCAAUUGAUGAUCUGUUCAUUGAUGAGGAAAUCCAACCUGAGUUGCAGAAUACACUGAACUCCCCAGAACCCACAGUUGAAUCUGAUGACCCUCCGACAUCUACAAGGGAUAUCACUACAGUGGGGGAAGCUUCAGUGGGGGACAGUCUUGAAGACCUACUCAUCGAUCCUGAGAUCGCUGCACUUCUGAUCCCGAAAAACCUCACGCGCGCCAAAGCUUCCAUGGAAUGGAAAUAUUAUUACAAGGCCUGUGUUAAAGAGGUCAACUGUUUGAAAUAUACGCGUUGGAAGGAGAAUAUGAAGAUGAAGGGAUAG